UCUUAAAACUGACCGAAUUAGUCUGAACUUUGUCAAUCUGUAAUGACACAGUUUUGUAUUUAGAGCAGGUCCAACACAUAUGUUUUGUGGGUAGUCAAGCUUCUGACAUUAGAACCUGUCCUCUUUCCACAUGGCUUCCAAUAUGCUCCAGAACUAUCCUCUGUCAGAAUCAAUACAGACAAUGUCUGUGUUCCUGUUACUCCUGGUUGCUCUGAAACAGAUAUGUGCUAUGCCAACAGCUUCAAUAGGAGACGUUGACGGAAAGGAGAAUGAAAUAUACCUGGACAUUUAUGAUAUCAACAAAGGUCUUGAUCUGCAUGAGGGUGACAUACUGCUGAAGUCUGAACAUUUAAGGAACGUCAUUCUGGGGGACCAGUACCGAUGGGACAUCCCAGUCCCCUAUGUUUUGGACCCUAGUCUCGACGUCAAUGCAAAAGGAGUGAUCCUACGAGCCAUGGAGCAGAUUCGCCUGAGAACAUGCGUGGACUUCAAACCUCGCGACACUGAGCCCAACUACAUCUCCGUGGUCAAGAACGAGGGAUGUUAUUCCUACGUUGGUAAUCAACAAUGGGGCAGCCAAACCUUGUCGAUUGGUCAGUGGUGCGACCAGCAUGCCAUUGUGGAGCAUGAGUUCCUCCACGCUCUGGGAUUAUGGCACGAGCAGUCCAGAUACGACAGAGAUGACUAUGUGUCUAUCAUCUGGGACCACAUUGAAAAAGAAAUGCAGCACAAUUUUGUCAAACAACUUGCAAGUCAAACCACCACCCUGGGAACUCUAUAUGACUACAACUCAGUGAUGCACUAUGGAAAAGAUGCCUUUACCAACGGCAACGGAUCCACCAUCAUCACUCUUCAGCCCGAGUUCCAGGAUGUGAUUGGCCAACGCCUGGAAAUGAGCCCCAACGACGUCCUGAAGAUAAACCUGCUUUAUAAUUGCACAUCUGCAGUUACCUUCAUGGAGUCCUGCAGUUUUGAAAACAGUAUGUGUAGCAUGACCCUUUGUGCCAGGGGCAAUGCCAGCUGGGAGAGGGUUAGCAGUGCCCAGGGUGGGCCUGCUUCAGAUCACACCCAUCAGGGGGCGCUAGAGGCCAGAGCAGACAUGCCUGGAUACAAUUCUUCUCUCUACAAUAAGACAAACCCUGUUCUUGAAAACAAGACCUCAACGCAUCAAAAUGAUAGCGUCGGCUAUUUCAUGCACUACAGCACGGCUUUGGUCAGAGAGGGAGAGGGAGCCAAGAUGCAGAGCAGGACUAUGAUGCCUGUCAGGUCAUUCCAGUGUCUACAGUUCUACUACUUUCACAGCGGGGGUACCCAAGACCUGCUCAACAUCUGGAUCAGGGAAUACAGAGAUGGUCCAAAUGAAGCCAUCCAGCUCAUGGGCCAGAUCACAGGUCCACCAUCAAACCACUGGCAGCUGCACCACGUGCCUCUGAACGCCACCAAAAGCUUCCAAGUGGAGUUGGAAGUGCUUAAAGGAGCAGGAAGUUCUACCGGAGGCUUUGCCAUCGACGACAUCAACCUUUCAGAGACCGAGUGUCCCCAUCACGUGUGGCAAAUCCCAAACUUCGAUCGCGUCCUGACAACGAGUGAGGAGGGCACCAUUCUGCUUAGUCCAAGGUUCUACUCUGCGGAGGGCUACGGGAUCCAGUUGCUCAUAAAACUCAACUCCGACUACUUUGGGCUCUACUUCCACCUGGUGUCCGGUCUCUAUGACGACCAGCUCCAGUGGCCUUGUGUUUGGAGGCAGGUGACUGUCCAGGUCCUGGACCAGAACCCUCAGAUCCAACAGCGCAUGUCCAAGCAGAUUAGCAUCGCCACCGACCCCGAACGCACUUUUACUACCAGCAAAGGCGAUACAUUGUUUUACUGGGACAAACCCCAAAAGUUUGGAUUUCAGCUUCUUGACUCCAGCACUGACUCCUUUUACUACGCCGGCCCUACCCUUGGCUAUCGUAACGUCCUGUCUUACAAUGCACUCUGGUCAGGAAGCUACAUGAAGGGAGGCGAUGUCUUCUUUCUACUAAGUUUUGAUGACAUAUCAAGUCUUCAUAUGAACCAGUCAGAUCUUCCCAAUCCUGUAUCAUCAACAACAACAUCAGCUACUGAGGCAGUAACAUCAUCUAUAACCAGUGGCAUCACUGGGACUCAGGCAGUAACAUCAUCAGCAGCCAGUUUAUUCACAGAUGUCGUACUUCUCCUUCUGGUUUUCCUUAUGGCCUUGCCACUACCCUGCUGACCCAUGUCCUGAGACUACAGAGAAACUCGGAGUCAGGUGGCUGAGCGGUUAGGGAAUCGGGUUAGUAAUCAGAAGGUUGCCGGAUCGGAUCUGUGCAAAAUGACGUUGUGUCGUUGGGCAAGGCACUUCACCCUACUUGCCUUUAAAAUAUUUGUGACAUGAAUUUAUGCAAUCACAAGACAAGUUGCUAGACAAUAUCUGUUGCAUUCUCAUGAUAAUGAUCAAUUUUUUAAAUGCCACCACGGAAUGAUCAUAAUGUUUGCGAAGGAAUUCUCUCCACACGUGAAAACGAUAGAUGGUUGACAAACUGCCACCUACUAAAAUUUUGUGUCAGUCAAGUUAGAACUAUUCGAAUGUUAUUCAAAUGUUUCAUCUUUUCAAAUCUCUUAUUUGUCAAUAACUAUAUGUAUUCAGUAUAUGAUAUUCCUGUCUCUGAGAUUCAUGGACUACUGUCUGAUAAUAAAUGAGGAAUA